GGGGUGCUGCUGGUAAUAGUAAUGUUUCGAAAUCAGAUGGGGCUUAGUAAGUUUUCGCUUACACUUAUUGUGAACCAGGUGUUAGUACCGCUAGAUGGACCGGCGUACCGCUGAAAGAUGUUAUCAAUACAUUUGCGGGAGGGUUGACUCGAAAAGCAAGGCAUGUUUGUUUUGAAGGAUGUGACAACACUCCAAAGGGUCCAUACGGCACCAGUAUAUCUACGCAACGAGCCAUGAAUGAAUUUUAUGAUGUUAUAUUAGCAUACAAGAUGAAUGGAGAGUGGCUCUCACCCGAUCAUGGAUUUCCUUUGCGAGUUAUUGUUCCAGGCUGCAUUGGUGGCCGCAGCGUCAAGUGGUUGACAAAGAUACAUAUAUCAGAAACCGAGUCUUCCAAUAUUUACCACUAUGUGGAUAACAAGGUGUUCCCAAGUUUUGUGGACAAGGAUUUGGCUGACGCUGAGAAAUGGUGGUAUAAACCUGAAUACACAUUAUAUGACCUGAAUGUCAAUAGCGCAAUUCUCUGCCCUGAUCAUGGCGCAACCUUACCCAUUAGCCAAGCUAUAACGGACGACACAUUCAACUUACGUGGAUACGCAUACAGCGGAGGCAACAGGAAAAUUACUCGAGUUGAACUUUCUUUUGAUGGAGGAGAAACUUGGGAAUUGACCACGCUUACCCAUCCCGAGGAGGAUGAACUGCCGGAGCUGACCGAGAAUGACGAUCAUGGUUACGAAAGAAUCAGGUAUUGGUGCUGGGCACUUUGGAGUCAUUCUAUCAAGCCUUCUCGACUGCUGCGAUGCCAAGAAAUCUCUGUUCGGGCAUGGGAUGAGGCGCAAAAUACGCAGCCAGGAAACUUUUCUUGGAACCUUAUGGGCAUGAUGAACAACAGUUGGUUCACCAUCAAAGUCGACAUAGUAGAUACCCCUGAUGGUAGCGGUUUACGCUUCCGACAUCCUACCAUUGCUGGCCCCGAAAAAGGAGGCUGGUUAGACGUUUUGCAACCUGAGAAACAAACUGUUGCGAAAGACACUAAACCAUUAACCGAUUUGAAGACAUAUAGCUGGAGAGAAGUGGAAAAACACAAUGUAGACGACGAUUGUUGGAUCGUUGUUCGGGAUAUGAUUUAUGACUGUACUCCAUUUAUGAAGGCACACCCUGGUGGAAUAGACUCCAUAUUACUAGUUGGUGGCCAAGAUUGUACGGAAGAUUUUGACGCAAUCCAUUCUACUGCUGCUCACGAAAUGCUACAAAAAUAUAUUAUCGGCACUCUAUCCAAGGAUUCACAAGCACCUGUUGAAGAUCGCACUCAUUCCGACCCUGCUUCAGAUCAGUUCCUAGAACCCAAGAUUUGGAAGACCUUGGUCCUGGAGAAGAAAGUCUACAUUACACAAGAUAUUUGCUUGUUUCGGUUCACAUUCUCCUCACCCUCUAUGAAGCAUGGAUUGCCUGUUGGAAAACAUGUUUAUUUACGCUGUCGAUCAGACUCCAAACUCAUUAUGCGCGCAUAUACGCCAAGUCUAUGUGGUGAUGGGUUUAUGGAGUUCAUCAUUAAGAUUUACCGUCCAGCCCAAGAGUAUCCAGCAGGUGGUCUAUUUACACAGCAAGUAGAGAAAUUAAAUAUAGGAGAUUCCAUCGAAACAAAAGGUCCUCUGGGAAGCUUCGAAUAUCUUGAAAUGGGACGAUUCAUCCACCUCAAAAGACAAGAUAUUGGACACGCCAAGGACAUUGGCAUGAUUUGUGCUGGCACAGGAAUAACGCCCAUCUGGCAAGUUUUGAUGGCUAUAUCACAAGAAUUUGGGGACCAAUCCACUCGAAUUUCACUUAUAUAUGGAAAUCGUUAUGAAGAGGAUAUUAUCUUGAGACAAGAACUAGAAGACAUGGCGCUCAAACUUGGACCUGAGAGAAUGUCGCUAAGAGUCCUAUUAUCCAGACCAUCCAAUACUUGGAAACAUGGCAAAGGCCGUAUCAAUAGACAGGAAAUUAGAAAUCAUUUGUUUCCCUUCAAUGAUGUUGUAAAAGAUAGUAGUAUAGUACUUCUUUGCGGAACAGAUGCAAUGGUUCAUGACACAUUUAUCCCGGCUGUAGAGGAGAUCUAUGAUCCAGAGUUUAUGGAAAACAGUGUUUAUGUGUUCUAGUCAAUCAUAGUAUACUACAUCGCAUGAACAUUUGAAAUAAUAAAUACUUUUAUCCAA